AUGAUGAACAACUCUUGGCUACAGAGGUUGCUGACUGGCACACAUUUACCCGCGAUAUCUCCUCCGUAUGCGGAAGACAACAAUGUGGGAGGCACACGGCAACAGCUUGAUUCUUUCUUAGCCAGUUCAAUGGCCCAGUUGGAUGUUCGGCAACGAGAGUCCAUUCUUGAAGAUCUACACGGGAUACGUAACAGUGAAAACCCCGAGAGCAAUCCUGCUUCUGUUGAACUCUGGUUGCAGCUUCUUGAUAUGCACCUUCAGAAUAUCAAACGAGGGACCGUCUAUGAGACUGCCGAAGCUAUUGAUCGAGUAUAUGUCACAAGCAGAAAGUUUCGGAUGAUGUUUCUUCGUUCCAAUCGGUAUGAUCCUCAGGCUGCAGCAGGUCAAAUGAUUAAAUUCUUGGAACUGAAGCGGUCACUCUUUGGCCAAGAAAAACUGACACGGAAGAUAACAUUGACUGAUUUGAAUGAGGAUGACAAAAAGUACCUCGAAUCGGGUGCUGUGCAAAUAUCGACGAAACGAGAUCGAUCAGGGAGGGCUAUUUUUCUUGUCUUUCCGUCUCUUCGGAGUGAAGAAACCACAGCCGAAGUCGAAACCGUGCUCAGAGCUCGAUAUUAUGUUCUUAUGAAUAUGAUGGAAUCUGAAGAGCAUCAAAGGAAUGGAAUAAUCCUGAUUUACUUCGGUGCGCUAGCGUCACAUCGUAAUCAGCAUGCAUCGAACUCUGGCCUUCUGUGGGACCUGCCUGUGUUCUUUGCCGGCCUUCAUUGCUGUUUCAACGAGAUGUCAACCUUUCUUUUUGUCAGUGUUGCAGUUCUGCGCUUACCAUUCGCUCUCAGACCCCGUAUGAGGGUGCACUACGGUUCUUGUACUGAUUGUCUCUACAAGCUGGCAUCGUUUGGCAUUCCCAAAGAAGCCAUUCUUAAUGACUCCAACGAACCCAAUCUGAUGGACCAUUUGCAAUGGUAUCGUCACAGACAAGAGCUGGAACUGACAUCUGUGAGCGACAGUGAUACCGACAUGCAAUCACUCGCGUCAACAGGUACUAUCAUUCCUCGACCGUUGGACGUUUUGUUUGGACCCGGCAGUAGGAAGAACGACGGCAACAUCCUGAUGAAAAAUCUUGUUCUCGCGAUGCUGGAUGAGCACAACGAGUCCAAGAAGGGGAGAAAGAUGCAGCUCACGGAGACGAUAAUAGAUGAAAUCACGAAGAAGGGCGGACGGUUCUUGAAGCAGAAUGAUGAUACGAAACAUUGGGACGAGGUGACUCACUUGGAGGCCUGCAGAAAAAUUGCACACACGUUCAGGAACAUUCGACGGCCCAGCCGUGCGAGAAAGAAAGCGUAG